AUGGACUCGACGCCUGAAAACGACCACGCUGUCAACCCCAUAUCCUUGCGGGCAAAUGAGGACGAAGAAAUAACGGAACCCAAGGCCUUGUCAAGCAAAGACAAUGGCACUACUGUCAAAACUCAUGUCGAACCCACGGUCGACCUCGACGUUGAAGAAGGCCAUGCACCGAUCUUGUAUUCGAAACGAUCCAUCUUCUUCAUGGUCCUCUUCUCCGGCCUCGCCAUCGGAAGCGAUGCAUACAACAGUGCAUUAAUGGGCCAGCUACUCUUGCUCUUGACAGCCCUAUACCCGGACACUCUCGGAAUAGCGACACAGUCCCAGCUCACAAACGCCUUCAUCAUCGGGCUGAUAAUUGGGAUGCUGGCUUUCGGCUUCAUCAGCGAUCGUCUGGGUCGCAAAUCUGGCGCCGUACUCACAACGCUCUUCCUCUCUGUCGGCAUUAUAAUGACGGCCGUAUCGCACGGAACCAACGACAGCGGGCUCUUCUGGAUGCUGACGAUCAGUCGAGGCAUCGCUGGCUUCGGUGCUGGCGGAGAGUACCCCGUCUCUGGGGCGGGAACUGCGGAGUCCACGGACGAUUCGCCUCGUGCUCGCAGGCAUCGAGGCUUCAUCUUCGCCAUGGUUGCUGAUGUUUCGGCUUCACUGGGCUUCGUCUUCAGCGGGCUCGUUCCACUGCUGCUGCUCUUGUGUUUCCACGAACGCGAAGCUCACUAUGAGAAGGUGUGGCGUAUAGCUUUUGCUCUUGGUAUCAUUCCCCCGAUCUCCAUCUUUUGGUUCCGCUGGCGCAUGGCCAUGUCGUCGGCCGAACGGCGCAGCUCAGCCCGAAACACGAUCUUGCCGUAUCAUCUGGCCAUUAAACGUUACUGGCGUCCUCUUCUUGGUUCCGCAGCAGCGUGGUUCAUAUAUAACUACAUUGCUUAUCCGUUCGGCCUGUUCUCGUCCACCAUAUCUGCGUCCGUAAACGCAGGCGACAGCCUCGUGAAGAGCUACGGUUGGGGCACUCUGAUAAACUGCUUCUACCUGCCUGGUGGGUUUAUUGGUGGCUACCUUAGUGACAAGAUCGGUCGCCGCAAGACCAUGGCUCUAGGUUUUGGUUUACAAGCCUGUCUGGGCUUUAUAAUUGGAGGUUGUCUGGAGUACAUUCAAAAGCGAACCGCGCUGUUCAUCGUUCUCUACGGCUUGUUCCUCACACUGGGAGAGGUUGGCCCAGGUGCCACCAUAGUAGCGACAAGCUCAGAGUUCUUUCCAACGAGCAUUCGGGGCCAGAUGCUUGGUCUCUGCGCGGCGUUCAGCAAAGCUGGCGCGGCAAUCGGCACGUCCGUGUUCAAACCCAUCCUUGCAUCAUAUGGCGAUGAUGCAGUUCGUGGCAACCAGGCGGUCUUCCUGAUCGGCUCCGGAUUUGCAGUUUUGGGAACGCUGGUCGCUUGGUUUUUUAUCCCAGCUCACCCGCCAAAUCUUGUAGAGGAAGAUGAAAAGUGGAAGGCAUACCUUCGAGACGCCGGAUACGAAAUCCAAUGGGGCGACGACACGACGCAAGAUCCGAAGAAAGUUGUCUUUGAUACAGUGGGAGAAAAGAGAAUCGGUUAG